AUGGCCUCGGACAGCUCGGAGGAGUCGGAGGCCAAGCGCCCCGUGGACGCCCUGGAUGUCCGGGUGCUGUCAGUGGCAGGGGAGGUCUUGCUGCGCCUCAGCGCGCGGAGGGACUGGAAGCUGACCCGCCUUAAGGAGUUCCUUGAGGCGGCCCUGAAGAUGCCCAAGCUCACCCAGCGCCUGCUGCACGGCCAAGAGGUGCUGGAGGAUCAAAGUGUGCUGGGCAGCUGCGUUCAGGACUGCGAUCCGCGGCUGGACUUGACGCUGGUGCGGCAGAAGCCGCCUGUGGACUCUUUGAUGCAGCAGGCCAUGCUCGGCAAUGGCAGCAGCUGCCUCACCUUGCUGCAGCUUCCGGAGGCGCUGGAGCUGGUGAACUUCACCGAGGAAAUGUCACCGCUGAGCUGCCUGCAAGCCGCGGCGCUGAUGCGGCUCAACGCCACCUGCUUGGAGAUCUUGAAGAUGCCAGGCUUUCGGCUCGUGAACCAGGCGGACAUUCUCAGGAAGACAGCGCUGCACCAAGCAGUGGACGCGGACUUGCCGCAGGUCUGCAGCGCCAUUCUGAAGCGCCCUGACUUUACUGUAGGCUGCGCCCUGGCGGCGGGGGAGUCAGCGCUGCACCUCGCCAUCAUCUCCAAGCGCCAGGAGGCGGCCAUGGCGAUGGUACCGCUGGCGAGUCGGGAGAUGCUGCUGCAGAGAGUGCACUACGCUGGCUUUAUGGAGUCGCCAAACAACAGGCUGCAGCCUGAGGAGCUGGCCACCCUGCAGGGGCUGCCAGAAGUGGCUGCAGCCAUCCGGCAGGCCCUCGAAAAAAGCCGAGACGAGGCUGGCUGA